CAAGGUAAGACUCCACAUUGUCUUCAUUACCGUUUUCUUUUUGUUUCCACAAUUUAAAUAAUCAUGAAGUUCAUGUAUGAACAAACAAAAAUAAGUACGUAAAGUGAACUACAUUUUUGCAGUAGUUCAAGAGCAUCUUUCUCCUUUUUCUUUUUUGGAAAAAUUUAAACAAUUUGAAGAUCUGAUUAAAUAGCUUUGGUUGUACUCGCACGUUGUCAUAAAAAAUUAGAAGAAAGAAAUAAUUCUAUUUAUCUGACUAUUCUUUUAGGACAAAAUGAGUAUAUAAAAUGUCCUCCCAACAAAAAGUACCAUUAAAGAAUUUGUUCAAUAGAGAGACAUUAGAACAAACAGUGCAUUCUAUAUAAAUUGAGAAAUGUCUAAGUAGUUGUUAUGAUCAGGAUCAGUUGAAGGGUUUCUAUUGAGAAAAAGAAAGGUAAUUUCUCUCAAAACUCACAUAAACACACACUAAAUAACAGAACAAUGGGAUCAAUGGGAGAAGGGAAAAUUGAGACAAAAAGCAAGGUGCUGAUCGUAGGGGGAACAGGUUACUUGGGAAAGAGGUUGGUGAAGGCAAGUCUAGAACAAGGCCAUCAAACCUACGUUCUUCAUCGUCCCGAAAUCGGCGUCGACAUCGAGAAGAUUGAAAUGUUGCUGUCAUUCAAGGCACAAGGCGCUCACCUCGUACCUGCUUCGUUUAAUGAUUACCAGAGCUUGGUUGAUGCUGUCAAGCUAGUCGAUGUUGUGAUUUGUGCAAUUUCUGGUGUUCAUAUCCGAUCUCAUCAUAUUUUGCUUCAGCUCGAGCUUGUUAGGGCCAUCAAGGAAGCUGGAAAUGUCAAGAGAUUUUUGCCUUCGGAGUUUGGUACGGAUCCGGCGAGGAUGGGGGACGCAAUGGAGCCCGGACGUGUGACAUUUGAUGAUAAAAUGGUGAUAAGGAAAGCUAUUGAAGAAGCUGGCAUCCCUUUCACCUACGUUUCCGCCAAUUGCUUUGCAGGUUACUUUGUUGGUGGUUUAUGUCAACCUGGUCACAUUCUUCCAUCUACCGAUUCUGUACUCAUUCUUGGUGAUGGUAACCAAAAAGCAAUAUAUGUGGCUGAAGAUAAUAUAGCAACAUACACAAUUAAGACCAUAGAUGAUCCAAGAACACUCAACAAGACACUCUACUUGAGGCCUCCUCAAAACAUACUUUCACAAAGAGAGGUGGUUCAACUGUGGGAAAAGUUACUAGGGAAACAGCUUGUCAAGACCUCAAUCUCUAAAGACGAAUUUUUAUCAAAUCUGAAAGGUACUCCUUUCGUCCCAACAUAAUUGUACUAUUGUAAAUUAGUUUUUAAAUUCUAAUUAAUCACGGUUUGGUUAUUUAAUUUCUUUAAAUAGGGCUUGAGUAUGCAGAGCAGGUUGGAUUAGUACAUUAUUAUCACGUUUGCUUUGAGGGAUGCCUUGCGAAUUUUGAGAUCGGAGAAAACGGUGAAGAAGCUUCAAAACUCUAUCCGGAGGUUCCGUAUACCACCGUGGAGGAUUUCCUCAAGCGUUACCUAUAAUAAUCAAUAUUAAUACAAUUACUUUGAUGCAAAUUGAUGUUGCUUUUUAUGUUCUUUUUUUUUUACUUUUUAAGUAACUUGGUGUCCCAAAACAGGGGCUGAUUAUGCAUAUUAUCGUGUUUUAUAUAUAAAUUCAUCUCCUGAAAUGAAAGGAUAUAUGUUUGAUUCCUGC